AUGGGCGACAUCGCAGGCAUCAGUUUCAACGGCGUGUACCCGGUCAACCCGGAGCUGGCCAAGACGGCGCACGUCGGCAGCCUCGAGCAGUAUGAGGCCAUGCACAAGCGCUCGCUCGAGGAUUCGGAGAACUUCUGGGGCGAGCUGGCCCGCGAGAACCUCGACUGGUUCCGCGACUUCGACCAGACCGUCGUGGGCACGGUGGCCAAGGGCGACGUGGGUUGGUUCCUCAACGGCCAGCUCAACGUGAGCGUCAACUGCAUCGACCGUCAUGUCAAGAAGCACCCGAACAAGACGGCCAUCAUCUGGGAGGCCGACGAGAUCGGUGAGGGCCGCAACAUCUCGUACACGGAGCUGUUGGAGGAGACGUGCCGCAUCGCUAACGCCAUGAAGCACGCCGGUGUCAAGAAGGGUGACACCGUCGCUCUCUACAUGCCCAUGAUCCCGGAGACCGUCUUCGUCAUGCUGGCCUGUACGCGUAUCGGUGCGGCCCACAGCAUGGUCUUCGCGGGUCUGUCCGCGGACGCUCUUCGUGACCGUGUCGUGGACGCCAAGACCAAGUGGGUGUUCACGGCCGAUGAGGGCCGUCGCGGUGGCCGCACGUUGCCCCUCAAGAAGACGGUCGAUGUGGCCCUGAACGGCCUCGACUUCGUGCAGAAGGUCUUCGUGUUCAAGCGUACUCACAACCCGGAGGUGAACAUGAACCCGGCCAUCGACGUUGACAUGGACGCCGAGCUGCUGCUCCACCGCCCGUACUGCCCCGCUGAGUUCAUGAACGCCGAGGACCUCAUGUUCAUCCUGUACACGUCGGGAUCCACGGGCACGCCCAAGGGUAUCGCGCACACUACAGCGGGUUAUCUGCUGUACGCAAUGAUGACGGCCAAGUACGCGUUCGACAUCCACGACGACGACGUCUUCGCUUGUGUCGCUGACUGUGGUUGGAUCACGGGCCACAGCUACAUCGUCUACGGCCCGCUGGCUAACGGUGUGGCCACCGUCAUGUUCGAGAGCACGCCAAUGUACCCGGACCACGGCCGCUACUGGGACCUGGUGCAGCGCCACAAGGUGACCAAGUUCUACACGGCCCCGACGGCCAUCCGCGCGCUUAUGGCCCGUGGUGACGACAAGAUCCGCGAGUACGACCUGUCGAGCCUGAAGGUGCUGGGCAGCGUGGGCGAGCCGAUUAACCCGGAGGCGUGGAAAUGGUACUACGAGGUGGUGGGCAACCGCGAGUGCUACAUCGUGGACACGUACUGGCAGACUGAAACGGGUGGACACAUUGGUGUUGGCCUGCCCGGCGCGACGCCUAUGAAGCCUGGUUCGUGCUCGAAGCCGUUCUUCGGCAUCGAUUUCGUGGUGACGGACGAGAACGGUAAUGAGAUCGAGGGCAAUGGUAUCGAGGGCCAGCUGUGCAUCCGCUCGCCGUGGCCCGGCAUGGCCCGCACCGUGUACGGCGAUCACAACCGCUACCUGGAGGUAUACACCGCUUCGCACAAGGGCCUGUACUUCACCGGUGACGGCUGCCGUCGCGACAAAGAUGGCUACUACUUCAUCACGGGCCGUAUCGACGACGUGCUGUGCACGUCUGGCCACCGGAUUGGCACGGCCGAGCUGGAGAGCACUCUUGUGGGCCACACCGCGGUGGCCGAGGCGGCCGUCAUCGGUAUCCCGCACCGCAUCAAGGGUGAGGGUAUCUGCUGCUACAUCACGCUGGUGGACGGCGUCGAGUCUACCCCGGAAGUCGAGAAGCAGCUUGUACUGGAGGUCCGUUCGAAGAUCGGCGCGUUCGCGGCGCCUGACAUCAUCGUCAUGGUCCCUGAGCUGCCCAAGACGCGCAGUGGCAAGAUUGUGCGUCGCGUGCUGCGCAAGAUCUCCCACGGCGAGGAGGACUCUCUGGGAGACAUGUCGACGCUGGCCGAGCCCGAGGUGGUGCCCGUGCUGAUCAGCGCCAUGCGUUCGGCUCUGGUUGGAAAGUCGCUGUAA